AUGAUGUAUAAAUCACCAUUUACUAAUUCUUCUUAUUCCAAUGAAAAACAACAACAACAACAACAAUCAAAUGAACAAAUUAAAAAAUCUAAUCAACAUAAUCAUGACAAUAACAAUAGUAUUGGUUUCAGUAGUGGAAAUUCAUUGGUCCAAAAAAGUAAAUCUUAUAGUCCCAACCAGUUUAAUAGCGGCAACAACAAUCAAUCACUAGGCUAUAAUAGUAUCAGAUCAUCCAAUAGUUUUGGUGGUGCACUCAGUAAUUAUUCAACUCCAACUCCAACCAACAACAAUCAGAGUAUUAAUAAUAAUCAUAAUAUUAUCAACAGUAAUUACAAUACCAACAACAACAACAAUCAGAGUAUUUCAAAGAAGACAUCUCUGACAAACGGAUAUUAUAAUAACGAUAGUAUCAGGAGUAACACCAGUAUCAACAGUGUAGAUAGUAACAAUAACAAUUGUUCAAAAAGAUAUUCCAAACAAUUUCAAUUGACAAAACAAUUAUUUAUUGAACAAUAUUGUCAAGAUACAUCAACAACAACAACUUCAUCUUCAUCAUCAUCACCAUUGACAACAAAGAAUCUACAACAACAUCAACUAUCAUAUCAACAACAAACAACAGCAACAGCAUCAACAACAGCAACCACAAACAAAUCAAAUAGAAAUUCAACACAAUUUGUUCUUCCACAACAAUUCCUAACUAAAGAAGAACAAGAGUUACUUGAGGAAUUACAAUAUUACGAAUACAACAAUUUUUACGAUCACUACACAGAUAUUGACGGUGCAGAAGAGUACUACGGCGAAUUAGAAGAAGACGACGAAGAAGACGGAUACCGAGAAGAAGUAGACCAAGAAGACGAAGAAGAUAUGGAUGCAAUUGAAGUACCCAAGGUUGCAAAGAAAGAUGUUGCAUUGAUCAAUGCUAACGCUGAAGAGGGUAGUGUUCACACAUUCUCGGAGGAAGAGAAAGUAGCCUACUCUAAAUUCAUCUCUGAAAGACUUGGUGAUCAACAAACCACUCUUUCAGCAUAUAUUCCAAUUGAUCCAUCAUCAAAUAUGUUAUUUACAGCUUGUAAUGAUGGUGUAUUAUUAAAUAAAUUGAUGGAAUCAUUAUUCCCAAAUCAAGUUGAUCUAAAAGGAUUGGUUAUCAAGUUAAAGAUGAAUCCAUUCGAACAGAUCGGUAAUCAAAAUAUAGUUAUCAAGAAUGCAACAAAAGUUGGUUGUAUCAUUGUGAAUAUUGGUGCACAAGAUCUUGUCAAUGCCACUCCAUACUUGGUGUUGGGUAUCAUUUGGCAAAUUAUCAAAGCCGGUCUCUUGGCAAUGGUAAAUCAGAAUGCCAACGAUGAAAUCCUUGACAUCCUCUUUGAGGAGCAAGAGGAAGAUCAACAAAUCAAAGAAGGUGAAGAUCACAAGACCAAAGAGAAGGAGGAACACUCUGCCGAGCAGAUUCUCUUGCGUUGGGUCAACUAUCACUUGGAAAAGGCUGGAUGUGAACGUAGAAUUACCAAUUUCAGUGAGGAUGUUCAAGAUUCAAUUAUCUAUGCCAACUUGUUUGCUCAGUUGGUACCAAUUGAAUUUUCAACAUUGGUUGAACGUGCUCAAAACGAAUCGAAUCUCUUUGUUAGAGCUGAAUUCAUUACGAAUGCAUGUGACAAGCUGGGUGUUAAAUGUUUCUUGACUCCAUCGGACAUUGCUCUUGGACAUCCAAAGUUGAAUCUUGCACUUGUUGCUUCACUUUUCAACUCUGAAGCUGCCAUUGCUGACAUGCGUCAGACAUUGGAGUUGGAGAGAGCUGACCGUGAACGUUUGGAGCGUGAACGUGUAGAGCGUGAUCGUGCGGAGCGUGAACGUAAGGAGCAAGAGAGAGCAGAGCGUGAGCGUUUGGAGAAAGAAAGAUUGGAACGUGAGGCAAUUGAGCGUGAGCGUGUUGAACGUGAGCGUUUGGAGAGAGAGCGUGAAGAUAUGGAGAGAGCCGAGCGUGAAAAGGUAGAGCGUGAACGUCUUGAGAAGGAGCGCAUGGAGCGUGAGUUGGCGGAGCGCGAGCGUAUGGAGAGAGAGCGUGAAGAACGCGAGCGUAUGGAAAAAGAGAUUGCUGAACGUGAGCGUAUGGAGCGUGAGAAAAGUGAUCGCGAGGCAAACGAACAAGAACGUCUUGAGAAUCUCAAGGAAUAUCGUAUUGCCACCAGAAUUCAAAAGACUCUUGCUGAAUCACCAUCGACCUUUGAGAAUAUGGGUAAGCUUGUUGGAGAUAUCACCGAGCUCAAGAGAAAUCUCGUUGGUGAGAUCCGUAACACUCGUAAUCUUCAAACCGAGCUAAGAAGACUGACCAAAUCGAUCGAUCGUGUCUUGGAGAACAAGAAAGAAGGAAAGAAACUCAAGAAGUUGAAAAAGAAGAUCAAGCCAGUCAAGGGUGUUGCCAACGGUUUGAAUCCAAUCAAGAUGCGUAACUACCAGAGUUUGUUCUACUACAUCCAAAACCAACCACAUGUCAUGGGUAAGAUUUUGUAUCUUCUCAGUAGCAGCCAGAUCUCCAAGACCAGUCAGAGUUUGUUGCUCUCACUCUACCCCUAUGAAGUAUCGCCAAGAGAAGAAGAUCUCUUCUUGAAAUCAUUGUCAUUCGCCUUGGAAUAUCAAAUCUCUUCGUCCGGCAGCUUGACAGAGUUCAUGGCAUCGGAAUCAGUUCCAUUGAACUUGCUCUUUGACUACUUUAGAAAGAAGGGAUUGAAGUAUCUUCAAGAAGUAAUCACACCAGGCAUUCUUAGAAUUUUGAAUCAACCAGAUUUAGAUCUCAACUUUGAUCCAGUCUGGAUCCACAAGCAACUUCAACGUGACAAGGAGUUGAAGGAGGGAAAGAAGUCCGAUCGUUCAGCCAAGACAUUCGAUCAAUGUCUUGGAGAUCCCCAAGUCGCUUCACUACAUCAAUCGCGUAUCUCGCAACUCUUGGAGUUUGGAGCUGACUUCCUCGAUCGCAUUGUCAAAUCGCUCGAUCAAAUUCCAGUGCAACUUCGUUUCCUCUGUCGUGAGAUCUCCGAGAAGGCGGUUUGUAGUUUUGCAAAGAAGUCCGGUGAACACGAUCAUCAGGUAACCUACUACUUUUUGAUCUACAGAUUCAUUACAUCGAUUAUUGCAUCACCAGAUCUAUUGAAUGAAUUGGUACUUCUCUCACAUCCAUUGAUUGCACAACAGGCACGUAUGAAUCUUUCGCUUGUUUCCAGAUUGUUGCAAUCGGCAUUCUCCAACAGAGCUUGGUUGCAUCCAUAUGCAACUCCCAAGAUUGCAGCUUGGAUUGAGUCACAAAAGGAUGUGGCCAACAAAUUCUUAGAGUCAGUUACCAACGUUCCAGAUCUUGAUGAACUCAUUCACUACACAGAGUACAACCAAGUUAUGGCUGAGAACAACAUUAGUUUCUGUACUGUCGUUAAUGUCUCAGAAGUGAUUUGGUUACACGAAACCAUUCUCGACUUUUACUAUGAUUUGGUUGAUGUUGGUACUCUCUCUUACGAUCCAAAGACACUGAAUGAAAUCGCCAAGAAGAACUACUCGAUGUCCGAGAAGCGUAGAUAUCAAAUCGGUUCACCCAAACAACAUGUCAGUGGUCGUACCGAUGCAUGGUGGUUGCAAUCGUUGUUGGAUCAACUGGAAUCACCGAUUCUCUUGCCAGAACAAGGUGACCGUUCCAUUCAACUUACCUUUAUCAAUAACCAUGAAAAUGAAACAGUGAUGCCACCCGACUUGUUCAAGGAAGCAAAGAUCUGGAUGAUUGAAAUCCUCUCAAAGACACCUCCACCCAAGAAGGAUGUCAACUCGAUUAGGAUCCUACUCGACGCCAUUCAAUUCUGUAAAACCGGUAAUAACACCGCUGAGAAUAUGACACUGAUUGCCAAGUGUGACCAGUUGAUCGAACGACUAAAGUCGUUCCGUCAGGAGUUGGUCAGCAGUGAACCCGAGGUCUACGAUAUCUUCUUGUUGGAGGUAGAAAAGGAAUUGCAAUCGGUCUUGAGAAAGAAUAAAUUGAUGAGAUCGGAACUCGAUCGUCUCUACAACCUCCUCAAGAAGGUCAGAAUCGAAACAACGCCACUCGAGAAUCUCGUUAAAUUCCAAAACGAACAACUCUCCAAAGCCAUUGCAAAGAAGGAGCUUCGUAAGCAACAGUCCAACACCGACUCCAAGGAGAAGCCAAUCAAACAAAUCCUCUCGGAUCUCGUCAAGAAGGGUAUGGUUCUGCACUGCGACCUACCGGAAUCAUCUCACAGCAAGACCAACGUCUACAUUAAGCAACUGGGAGGUGGUAUCUUUGAGAUCGAAGCGAAAUUCGGACUCAUUUCCAAGACGGUCACUCUCGAGUUGGAUCAACUCUUGGAGUACAGUAAGAAUCACAUUGAAGAGUAUCCAUUAGAAGGUAUUACACUACAUGUCAAUAUGACAAUUCAUAUGUUAAUGAAAUUAUUUAAUUUAUCUUAA